GGCAUGAGAGGCAACAGGGAAUGACCGCUGUGGAAAGGCGCAGUGGGGGAAUAGGAGAAGCACGCCCCCACCUUGCGAUGCGGUCCUCGCUUACUGCAUCACGCCGGCCCUGCUCUGUGUGCUACUAUGUAUGCCAGCCCGUUGUUCUCUGACCACCCUAACAGAGAUGGCUGAAGAUCCCAUUAAUUACCAGACCUUAGACCUUUAAGCCCCGCCUUGCCUUCCUAAUCUCUAUGGUUCAAUCACGCACUUUAUAUCGAAACGCCCGCCAUUCGGAGGCAACAAACAAAACUACAGCUCCCAGGAUGCAUUGGGGAAAAGCUAUUCGUUCCGCUGUCUAAGCCGCGACGUGCCUGUUGGGAUAUGCAGUCCCAAAGGCUCAGGGUGACGGUUGGUUACCAUGGAACUCCGCGGAGGGGAAAUACUUCAUGUCCCAGUAUGCACCGAGAAGGCGGUGGGUUGUGAGUGACGAAGGGCAGAAGCAGGCGCGCAGAAGCGAGCUUUUGCGGAUGUUUCUUCUGAGUAGUGGGGCAGCAGCAGCAGCGGUGGUACCUGCCGAGUUGAGCUAACAGGGACCAAGACUAGUAUGGAACAUUCUGAUGGGGACCUUUCCAUUCAGAGAGAAGCCACCUGGUCUGAAUUAUAUCAUAAUCAGAUAACUGCAAAGAACCUGGUACAACAUCUGAGAACCUUGGUGGCUUUAACUGACCCAGAGGAUGGGAUGCUCCAGAUGGCUUUAAACACCCUGGACAGCUGGAAAACUUGACUUGCUGCAUCAGGGCUUUAACCAAGUAACUAAGUAACCAUCCAAAGAUGGGAGAUGAAGGUGCAGGUGAACCCUUUGUGGGUAUCGUGGCUGAUGGGGCCACAGAUUAUGAGGGUGUCCUUCCCUCAGACACAGUUUCCCUGAGUGAUUCAGAUUCAGAGGACUUUGGGUUCCCAGGCGAGGCUGAAGUUGAUACAAUAUCUCCUGAGGAGCCCCUCCCCUCAGAUGACGUGGGUUGUGGAUCUGAUGAAAGUGGUGACCCUCUGCCCAGCAAGCGUAAAUUGCCUGUCCAGCCAUUUCAUCUGAAAGGCAUGAGCUCAAGCUUCUCCCAGCGCAGCCAGAACAUUUUUGACUGUCUGGAAGGCGCAGCUAAGCAGGCAGUGCCGUCAAUGGCUGAAGAUAAUGUUAUCGAUGGAAGAUUCAAGCGUCCUCUGCCUCCACCCAGCCUUUCAAGCAAGAUGCCAGCAGAAAGCCUUGGAAGACAAAGCAGGCCACCACCACUUCGUAAAAAUUCCCCAGCUGUGCCUGACUAUGUCGCACACCCAGAACGCUGGACCAAGUACAGCUUGGAGGAUGUUUCAGAGUCUAGCGACAAGACCAACAGGUCAAUUGCCAUGGAGUUCCUGGAAGGCUUGAAGAGCAGACGGGAACAAAGCUCAGCCGGUCCUGAAAGCUACACUCCCUCUUUCAAUCAGGAUCCUUCCAGCUCUGGUGCUGGAAGAAUUGUUUUUACUAAACCCACCAAGUCUGGUUUAGAAGCAUCAGAAAGGAAGAGAACAGCUGUGAAGGACGAUGAAGAGGCCAAGAUUAUUGAUGCAAGUCAGGAGUUCAAAGGGAAACCACAAAAAAGGUCUUACACUCAGAAUGAGGAUGAGAAGAUUGGACUAGAUCACUUAGAUGGUGGUAUAAAAGAAGGGGAGGGCCGGAAGCAGCUAAAGUUGGAGGAGCUGGGCGUUGAAAGAGGGCCCAGCACAGAUUUGGCUGAGGCACAUGAAGAGACAGUGGUGGUGACCGUGGGAUUCCAUGGUAGCAAGAAAAGGAGUAGGAAACACUUCCGUCCAAGAAUCAGCCAUGAAGAAGAGGAAGAAGAGUCCUAAAAGCUGGAGAAAACUUUCUUGUGUUUUCCCAGAGGAGUUUUCCUGAAAAUAUUUCUCUGUUGUUUUCUAGGCUUACAUGAAUUAGACAACUUGCAUGUUUUGUUUAGCAGUCUUGAAGCUCUGACUCGAAAUAUGUAUUGCAUUCCACAUGGCCUCCCCAAAACAUCCCUCCAUAUUCAUAGGCAUUUCUAUACCACUGCAAACCAAUAUUUCUUUUAGAUCUAUAACAGAGGGGGAUGAUUUGGGGAAGCCAACUGAAGUAGAAGAGAUGUUGAUUCGACGUGGUGUAGAAAUGCCUACAAAUAUUCAUUGAUGGCAAAAAAAUUUAUCCCUGUGCAAGAAGGUCCCUUUGCAUGUUGCUAUGUUUUUCCAGUUGUGGAACCCAUCUUCUUAUUGUACUCCCAAUGCAGAUUUUAUGUUCCUGGGGAUAUUGGUGAGCUAUUGCUUUGUCUCAGCCAUUCACACACAAGUCUUGUGUGUGUGAUAUACCAUGAUAUGCCAUCACAGAAUAUCAUAAUGAUCAACCUGUGAUUCGUGAAACACAGCAUUUGGUUGAGCUCUAGCAUGCAUCAAUGUACUUGUGUUUGGCACCAUGUGGAAGAAAGCUUUAACCUCUAGCUUCCCACACUGCUAAGGAAAAUAAAAGCACAGUAAAUAAGAAGCCAUAUGUUGUAGAGGCAUAAUUGCUGCAACGGCAUAAAACCUUGUUUAAGGCAGCCUGGUUGUUACUUUCUUUAUUGUGUGACAGAAGAUGUAGGACUAUGGAGAUAAGGCCUAGAAAGUCAGGGCACAGUAGAAAAAGGAUUAGGGAUGUGCACAGAACCGGUUCGGAGGCCCUUUAUGGGCCUCCGAAUCGGUUCGAUUGGCGGGUGUUUCCGUCAGUUCGACAGCAGGGGGAGGGGUGCACUUACCCCUCCCACCGCAUUUCCCCCACUGGCGCUUGGUUUUGUUAAAGCCCCUCGGGAUGGCAGCGUAACUUCCUGCCAACCCAUCGCCUUAUCUCCCGUAAAUAACCAUAAGUAACUGAUGCGCCUGCACACGCCAAGCACUGGCGUGCGCGCACCACAUGCAGACCCACCUGCAACAUGUGCGUGCUCGUGCCCAGCGCAUGCAGGCGCAUCGGUUAUUUCCGGUUACUUCUGGGAGACACGGUGAUGGGGCAGCAGGGAGGUAUGCUGCUGCCCCAAGGGGCUUUAACAAAACGGAGCGCCAGUGGGGGGAAGGUGUGGCGGGAGGGAGAAGUGUACCCUCUCCCACCCUUAAAGAGGCACUCCCCCCGCCGUUGAACCACCCCCUCCAGGUUCCGUGUACAUCCCUAAAAGGGAUGGCUUUUAUGCUAGAAUAGGCAGCCCACAAAUCCAGAGCCAGGAUUAAUUGGACUGUGAAAGAUGGAGAAGGGUCUUGGCACUGAAUUCUCAACCUCUUCCCUUGCAACUGUGAUGUUUUCAUCUCUGAAUGCUGGUCUCUGAAGUUCAGUGACUUCAUAUUGGCCUAAUUCAGUUUGAUUGGAAAUUCAAGGGCUUAAAACGGGCUUUUUAACAAACCUACCCUAAGAUCCUUUUCAUAUUUCUCUGUGUCAAUAAAACCCUGAAUUGAU